GCGGUCAUCGCGAGUGGAGCGGUUCGCUGUUCUCCGUUCGGUUUCUGCGAAACAUAAAAGUUUAACAUUGAGGUAAUUUACUUGUCGCAUGAUAGUGACUGACCUUCCUGCAUGCACUUUGCGCUGCUCGCUGAUGAGAACGCCUACAUAUUUGUGGAUGUGUGCCCUUAUUUCGUCAGGGCAACAAGCCUCAAUUAAAGAGAAGCCGCUGUGGUGUUUCUACACGCCCCACACACCUAGCAGCAAUGUCACAUAUCAACCGGUGGACAUCCCCGUGGAAUAUUGCAGCGUGGUGGCGUACGCUUAUAUCGGCCUCACGGAUAGCGGGCGCAAUCUCUCCAGCCUUCAUCCCGAAAUUGAUUAUGGCUCAGGAGGGUUCUACAAAUUAAAGGGACUAAAGGAGAAACAAUUGGAUUUGUUGAUUUACCUGGCUAUUGGGGGCUCCGAAACAGAUAGCGCCCUUUUCGGCAUAGCUGUGGAGGAUGCGAGCGUCCGAGCCGAACUAAUCAACAGUAUCGUGCUGUGGCUGAAUUACUUCGACUAUGACGGCGUCGUGUUGCAUAUCGACCAUCCUGAAAGCUAUACGACGACAGAUAAUACAAACGAUUUGAUCAUGGCUAUGGGGAACAUACUGAAAGGACAUCGGAAAGGAUUUUCUGUGAUCCUGCCCCCUGAAGCGAGUCGUCGCAACACCCUUUUUUCCCCGUUCGACUAUGCCGUGAUGCUCGACGUGUAUGUGAUUCAAUGGAGCCAUAACAUUCUGGAAUCGCCCGAUGUUCCUUCUUGUCCCGCGCCUUUGUACGCCGAUGACGGCUUAUCAGUGGCUGGCAUCCUCAAUUCCAUCCUAUCUUCAUACGAUACAAGGAGACUUCAGACUAUGCUGAACAAGUUUAUGUUUACGUUUUCGUUCGCUGGGUUGAAGUAUCAUAUUCAUAAGCCGACGGGAAGGCAUCGCAAGCUCCGUCCCGUAAGGCGAAUGGCGGCCGUGGAUCUGCGCUCUGCAACUACCGUGGCCUACCACGAGAUCUGCGAGAAUGUGGUCAGGCGUCGCUGGAACAGCACAUACAAUGCUGAAUCGGGCUGUAUGGACAGCGGUGAUCUGUCAACGUGGGUGUCGUACCCUGGUCGGCCGCCCCGUUCCAUCCUUAGCCUGAUUGGAGGAGCUGUGGCCUUCGAUUUGCAAAUGGACGAUUUCAUGGGCCUCUGCGGCAGGAAGAACCCGCUUACCAGGACGUUGUAUCACCUGCUUAAUAAAUAACACUGCGUUGGGGAUGUCAUCUUAA